AGGUUCAUUAGCAAUAUGGAACUCAGAAAUGAAACAGGCAUUCUAGAAUUUCUUCUCAUGGAAGUGACAGAGAAUCCAGAUAUGCAGUCCCUCGUCUUCAGCCUGUUCCUGUUCAUAUAUCUGGUCACCAUCCUGGGAAACCUGCUCAUCAUCCUGGCCGUCAUCUUGGACUCCCACCUCCACACCCCCAUGUACUUCUUCCUCUUCAACCUGUCUUUUGUUGACAUCUGUUUCACCUCCACCACCAUCCCAAAGAUGAUUGUGAAUAUCCAGACACAGAGCAAGUCCAUCAGUUACACAGGCUGCCUCACCCAAACCUGCUUUGUCCUGGUUUUUGCAAGUUUGGACAGUUGUAUUCUUUCAGUAAUGGCCUAUGAUCGCUGUGUGACCAUUUGUCAUCCACUGAGGUACACAGUCAUCAUGAACCCCCAUUUCUGUGGCCUUUUGAUUCUUCUUUCUCUGUUUAUUAGCAUUGUGGAUGCCCCAAUGCACAGUCUGAUGGUGUUGCCACUGACCUUCUGCACAGACCUCGAAAUCCCUCUCUUCUGUGAAGUAGUUCAGGUCAUCAAGCUUGCAUGUUCUGACACCCUCAUCAAUAACAUCCUGAUAUAUUUUGCAGCUAGCGUAUUUGCUGGUAUCCCUGUAUGUGGAAUCAUUUUCUCUUACACUCAGAUAGUGUCUUCUGUUUUGAGGAUGCUGUCAGCAGGAAAGUAUAAAGCAUUUUCCACAUGUGGGUCUCACCUCUCAGUUGUGUCUUUGUUCUACGGGACAACUUUUAGAGUUUACAUGAAUUCUGCCCUUGCUGACUCUUCCAGAAAUGCUGCAGUGCUUUCAGCGAUGUACACUGUUGUCCCUCAAAUGAUGAACCCUUUCAUUCACAGCCUGAGGAACAGGGACAUGAAGGGAGCUUUGAGGAAGUUCAUAAGUAGAACUACUCUUCCAUGA